CCAUCAGAGCCAUCUUCAUUUCUCUCGUUCGUUCCGUACGGUUCGUCGCGCGGAUUCCGUUUAUCGUCCGUUUCCGACGUUCUAUAGCUCCAAACGAUCGUAUUCCAGAGGCGAAUCACGGUAAGCUUGACGUUUUAUCGUUUAAACGGAUAUAUUUUGAGUUAUAUCGAUUCAAAGUUUUGGGACACGAAACGAUUAUAUCGUUUUAAUCGAUAUUAGAAUUGAAUUAUAGUGUUUUGGAGUUAGAUUAUAUGUUAUACGUGUGUUAAGAGCGUUUUUGGAUCAAAAGCAUGUCGGAAACUCGUCCGGGACGGUGUGUGCGGCACGCCUGCGUAUGACGGCGGCACGCCCCGCAUAUGCGGGCGCACGCCUCGCGUAUCACAGAGGACACCUUUCUCAAAGGAGAAGACCUUUCAACUUAUAUUCAUUCUGACUGCACACUCCAAAACCCAACCAGUAAUGGGAAAAACCAAACGCAAGCAAGAAGAAGAAGCAUUAGCCGAAGCAUUUAAAGAGGGUUCGCUAGUAGAGGUAUGCAGCAACGAGGAUGGGUACAGAGGUGCAUGGUAUGAAGCCAAAAUCCUAAAAAUGCCACCUUUCUCAAACAACAAGUGUAAAGAACAGGCCUUGGUUCAGUACUAGCACUUACUUGCAGAUGAUAGCCACUCUACUCUACUCACCGAGUACGUUAAGCUCUCUUUUGUCAGGCCCUUGCCACCCUCUUACGACAGUGCUCACUGUGUUGAACCUUAUGAUGUUGUUGAUGCUUACUAUAAUGAUGGGUGGUGGCAAGGAGUUGUCUCCAAAGUUAACAACAAAAAAUACACUGUUGUGUUUGAUGAUCCACCUGAUAUGAUGGAGUUUACCCCUUCUGACUUAAGAUUUCACUUUGAUUGGGUUAAUGGCAAAUGGGUUCAUCCCAAAAAGAAAAAGAGAAUGAAAGGGUUGAAGUUUAAAGUAGGAAUGGCUGUAGAGGUUAACCAUAACAAAGGAUAUUACCCGGCAACUAUUGUUGAGGAGGUUGGCUUCAAUUCGUACUUGGUCAAGUACACAAAUUCAGACACUGAGGGUGACAGUGAAGACAUUGUAGAAGAAACUAUUGAUUCCUUUGACAUUCGGCCUGUUCCUCCGAAAUCUAAGGCCAAAAGGUUUGAUCUUUUGGUAAAGGUUGAGGCUUUUUAUGAUUUGGCUUGGAGAGCUGGCUUUGUCACCAAAAUUCUUGAACAUAAUGCAUAUGUUGUUCAACUUAAAGAUGAAAACAAGGAGAGGCAGUUCAGUCACUCUGAAAUGAGGCCGCGCUUGCGUUUGCUUAAUGGAAGAUGGGUUUGCAAUUCCAAGGAAACUAAUGAGCAGAGUGAAGAGAAUACAAGCCCGCAAUCUAAAGGUGAAGAACACAUUAAAGUUGAAGUUGAUGUUACUCAAAUGGAUAUUGAAUGUUGUGAAGCUCAAGAGGUUGAAUUGCCUGAAGUUACCGGGGCAGGGCUUGCAGGUGAAGAACGCAUUCAAGCUGGUGCUGGUGUUACUCAAAUGGAUAUUGAAUGUUGUGAAGCUCAAGAGGUUGAAUUGCCUGAAGUUACCGGGGCAGGGCCUGCAGGUGAAGAACACAUUGAAGCUGAAGUUGGUGUUAUUCAUAUGGAUAUUAAAUGUUGUGAAGCUCAAGGGGUUAAAUUACCUGAAGUUACUGGGGCAGCGCCUGCAGUUCGCUGGACACUUCUAAGCGAGAUUCUAUUGGGGAGAUCAGUGAAGUUGAUCACGGGACGAAAGAAAAAUUUCUGUCUGGUGUCUUACCUGAGGGUACUAUAAGCACAAGUCCAGGAACAUCAUGCCAACUUUCAGAUGUGGUGAUUAAUCCGCAAGAUGUUUUACUGAAUGAUGAAGCCGUGGAUUCUAUAGUAGAGACGGAAAUGUUUUCAAAUGCUUUGGUU